AUGGCGUCUCUUCUCCGCGGCACCGCUUUCAUCACUGGUGCUGCUUCUGGUAUCGGCCAGCACACAGCACUGGCCUUUGCAAAGCACGGCAUCAAUCGCCUGGCCCUCGCGGACAUAAACCAGGCGACCCUCAGCGUCACCACUGAUAUCCUCCGCCGCCGCUAUCCUGCUGUCAAGCUUCUCCCUUUAUCCCUCAACGUGCAAAAUGCCGUUGAGAUUAGGUCUGGCAUUGCCGCAACCAUUUGCGCCUUCGGCCGCAUAGACAUUGCUGUCAAUAAUGCCGGCAUUGGAGGCAGUGGGCGCGCCACUCAUGAGAUCGACGAAGCCGAGUUUACAAAAGUUCUCGAUGUCGACCUGCAUGGCGUGUGGCGUUGCCAGCAAGAAGAGAUCAACGUCAUGCUAAACCAAGACUACGUCGAAACACCGCUUGUCCUUGAAACAAUGGCCCAGGACGCCGAAUCACCCCUUGCCCGAGAUAUUAGCCGAACACCUUUGGGCCGCAUGGCGAAAUCCGAGGAAAUAGCAGACUGCAUCACAUUUCUUGCUUCUGAUAUGAGCAGCUUCAUGCAAGGCGCUGGUCUGGUGGUCGACGGAGGGUUUACGGUCCAAUAG